GUUAAACCACGCCCCCUGCUUAAAAGUCUAGUCUAUGAAUACCUUACUUUUCUUUAAACCAAAUAUAACUCAAGAAAAUACACGACUAACAUUUUACACUUUUGGGGAAAUGCUUCCGGCACUAUAGUAGUUAUUGGGUCACAAAGAAUGGACACCAAAACACCACCUGACAUCACUCUGAUCACUCUGAUCAAGUAGAUUAUUGACAGAACAAAUAGUGGAGAGACCAUGGCUGGUAGGAGGAUGGGUGCUGUGGGAGAUGACACAACUGUGACAAGGUCUACAGAAAUGAGUUGUAUUAUCCGGGUAGAUAUUUAUACAUAAGAGGAAGAGCCAGUCCUGUAGUGGCAAAGUGACGCCACAUCAUCUCAGAGAGAGAGAGAGGGAGGGAGAGAGAGAGAGAUAGAGGGAGAGGGGGAGAGAGAGAGGGAGGGGGAGAGAGAGAGAGGGAGGGAGAGAGAGAGAGAGAGGGAUGGAGUGUGGAGAGGGCAUCCUGUGUGGGGCAGGAGAGCGGGAGUGGGACCCUGAUAUUGUCAGUGAAGAAGCAGGAAAGCUGUACUCAGAACUGCAGACGGUUGUGGGGACGCAUGGGGCAGACGUGGUGGAGUCCCUGGUGCCCAUCUUGGUGUGGGUCCUGGAGGGGCUGGCCAGCUCCAGAGCCCAGCUGAGGGAGAAGGGGGAGGAGGCGGAGAGAGAGAGGGGCGACAGAGAGGAGCUGAUGGAGAGAUACCAGCUGGAGAAAACCCUGAGGAAGGAGAAUCAGGAGCGAUAUUUAGAGCUGGAUGAUCAAAUUGAACAGGAGAGGAGGACAACGAGGGCGAGAGAGAAGGAGAGAGAGCGGAGAGAGAGAGAGCUGGAGAAAAAAGCCAGAGAACAGGCUGACCAGGUGGUGGCCUUGGAGGAGCAGAGGUCUGCGCUGAGUAGAGACCUGAGCUUGCUGAAGAACACACACAACAAGCUGAUGCAUACUUACCGGGACCUGGUGGAGAAGAAGAAGGAAGCUGAAAGAGAGGGCCAGUUAUCUCUAAGGAACCACGUGAGCCUUACGAGUUCUGAAGCUCCAUUCGGCCAGGCCAGGGCAGAGUCCGGUUUUACAGACCAGCCAUCUAGUCCAAGACCUGAAUCACGCUCUGAGCCCUCCCCUUUGGAAGACCCGGUAACCAAGGACGACCGGGUGAUUGACACGGAUGUAAUGCCUCCGAGUGAUCCAUCCUUCCUCCAGGACCUGAUAAGCUCCACCCCUGAGCUGGCUCAGUUCCACGGCCUGCUGGGUGCCAGUACACCAACCAGAGAUCCAAGCGCUAAAGAAAACCACCCAGCCAAGACCAGCCUGGAGGAUGAGAUGAGGAAGGCGGAGCAGAGGGGUGGAGAGGAGGGCGACAGACAGGAGGAGAAGGUGGAGGCUGUAGGGGAGACGGACGUAGAGCAGCAGCGGGAGGAGGAUGGUGAUCGGGACAGCCUGGACUGGGAGCUCAGGAACACAGAGUCGGUGUUCUCAGAGCUGUCGGAGUUGAGCCGUGACUAUGUGGAGAGCGUGGACCAGGGGGCCAGCGUCCGAGGUAGUGCCGACCAGUUUGAAGAGAUUCUUUCUCAGUACGAGGAACUGAAACACACCCAUGAGAUUGUGGAUGCAGCCCGUAAAGCGCUGAUCUCACGGGUGGAGGAACUGACUAGCGACAGGUCAGCUCUCAGACUGGAGGUGAACUCCCUUCAGGAAAUCACAACCCGAUUGGAGACCCGCACGAAGGAGAUGGAAGAGGAGAUAAAGAGGCUUCGCAAGGAACUGGAAGCAUCUCAGUCUGAGGACGAUGCCUCUGUGCCCAUCUCGCUUCGGCGGUUCUCUCGGUCGGAGAUGGCGCGUGUUGUCAUGGAGAAGAACCAGUACAAGGAGCGUCUUUUUGAGCUUCAGGAGGCGGUGAGACGCAGUCAGAUCCUCAGGGCCACCAAAGAAGAAAAGAUUACAGGGGAGAAAAGCAGUGUUUGGAACAGGUUUAACCGCUUGUUUGGCCUGAGCAAGGAACCGCUUAUCCCGACCCCUGCUCUGGCAGUUGCCAUGGCGACGUCCCCGUCCAUCCAUCGCUCGUCCCCUGGGCCUCUGCGACCGCUGGCGGUCAGUCAGACUCAGACAGAAGGGUCACCCCCUGCGUCCGCUGCUCUCUCACCGCGCAUCAGGAGGAGGGAGCUCUACAGAGACGUCCGCUCCCACGUGUGGAAAGCGCUGGGAAAACACCAGAUCCACGGCUGGAGCCUGCCGCUGUCGCUCACACAGGAGUCCUCUGAACCUGUGCCUGAGCCCAAAGACGUACCUGUCCUCAUCCAGCUCAGAAUGCUGGACCAGAGAGAUGCUACUGCCAAGCUGAGCUGUGCUCUGGCUGUUGUCCCCGAGAUCUCUGGAGAUGCGACGUGUGCUGUGUGGGCGGUGUCUGGUCCCGCCUCAGGAAGUGAUGUCACAGUGAUUGACCCGGCACGGUCCAAUACGGUGCUGGAGCAGUUCAGUCUCCCGCCCACCUCUCCCGCCCUCUGCAUCUGUGCUGUGCCCCCCACUGGUGACACUUCAGGAACUGUGUGGAUUGGAACUCAGGAGGGAAGUGUGAUGAUCCACUCAGCCACCAUACCCAGGAGGCGCUGUCUACAGUCCAUCUCUCUCUUAGAGGGAAUCCACUCCCUCACGCAUUCGCAGGGUCGAGUCAUCGCUGGGUUAGCCGAUGGGACGCUUGCAUUUUUUUCUCACACAUCAGGUGGCUGGGAUCUCCAAACACAUCAGGUGCUCGCCAUGGGAUCCACUCCUCUGCAGCCUAUUCGCUGUUGCCUAGCAAAGGGGGCGGGCUUAUGGGUGGGAUACUGGAACCGGGUCCAUGUGGUGGAUAUCCAGAAUCAGAAAGUGGAGCAAACCUUUACAGUGUCAGAGCGCAGUGAGCAGCAGGUGCGUUUCCUGUGCGCGGCAGGAAGUGGUGUUUGGAUUUCAUGCCGGCUGGACUCCACCCUCCGGCUUUUUGAUUGGUCCAGUGGUCGACCCCUGCAGGAAGUUGAUUUGAUUCCUCUGGUCACCAAAACACUGGGUCCCGCCUUCCUAAAUCUCUCCACUUUACAAGUCUCUUCCCUGUCAGUCAUAUCAGGACGGAUGUGGGUGGGGACAGGAAGUGGAGCGAUCUUCUCCAUCCCCUUGUCUCUCACCUCGGAGUCCGCCUCCAUCCCAUACUGCUCUCUAGCGACAGCCCAGCUGUGUUUCCAUGGACACCGGCAAGCAGUUAAAUUCAUCAUCGCUGCACAUGGUUGUCUGAACACCUCCCUGGGCAGUGCUCCUGUGUCUACCUCACAGCUCGUCCUCAGUGGAGGAGAGGGCUACAUCAACUUCCGCAUCGGAGACGAUGCGAACGAUGGAGCAUCGGAAGGUGCCCCUCUGCGUUCCGAACGCAGUCACAUGAUCAUCUGGCAGAGCCCCGCCCCCUCCGUACCCAACUGUGCCCUCUGACUGGCCGCACCAGAACGCCAUGGAGACAGCUGACUGGCCGCACCAGUACGCCAUGGAGAAAGCUGACUGGCCGCACCAGAACGCCAUGGAGACAGCUGACUGGCCGCACCAGAACGCCAUGGAGACAGCUGACUGGCCACACCAGAACGCCAUGGAGACAGCUGACUCUCAACGGCCCCCCAUCAAGAUCUGGAGAAAACUCCUCUGAUCUAAAUCCUGCUCCUGGAUGUGCUGAGUUCACGGCUGUACGGAUUAACAUGUUUUCUACAUCUGAUUUCUCCUCAUCUCAUUCUUGUAGUCUGUGUCUGAGCCGUCCUGUUUGGGGGGAAACUCUAGCCUGUUUUGGUUCAGCGUGUGUGCCUUAAAACAGAUUUUACUGUUCUUGCUGUGGAAUUGGUCAGUGUAUUGUAUGAACUGUUUGGAAACACAGUUUCAUGAUUUUUCUGUGUCUUGCCUCCACAAUGUAACCUGAUCGUGAUGUAAUCAUUAUGAACGAUACACUAACAAUGUGUGUUCUGCAGUCAGUCAGUCACCACUUUAUUAUUUAAUUUUCUUGGUUGUGUGUUUCUCCAUUUGAUUUCACCUGGUUAGAACAAGCACACACAUUUACAUCUUCAUCCAGUUUUAAUGACCCAGGGUUUGUCUGAUGAUUCUAAUGAUCAGCGAUGCUCACUUCAUUGCUUACAGACGCAGGAAUAACGUCGCAGCUGUUUUGUGAUGCAGGAAUCUUAACGUCCAUUGUAAAAAAAACUGGAACAGGCAGAAGUUGCCUCUAAACUCUUGGCGAGCCGUUACUUGCCAUAAGAUCAGGGCUUAACUGAUUGGGGGCUGGGGUCGUUUGUCCCAGAUACUGGUGAAGUCCCACCUGGUUGACUGCCCUCUCUCUUCACACUGCAUGCAGGGUUACACUGAGCAGUGCCAGCACUUUAUGAUUGCCACAUCUGGACCGCAGUAUAAUGUAUGAGCUGUGUGUGCUGUGCAUAUGUUUUCUCUGGAUGGGUAAUCGUCUUAAAAUCUGUGUUUUUCCCCUCAAAAUUGAAUGAUUUUCAUAACCUGUACCCUUUCAUUAAUGUGACUGGGUUAAAGCCUUACGUUGUUUAAUUUCUUGAUUUAAUUUAUGUUUUAAGUAGUAGUAGUUUGUUAUAUAAGGGAAGGUAUAUUAUGACAAGGUCAUAAUGGUGCUUGUGUGGUGUGUCAUGUAAGGAAGUGUCACUAGACUGUUCCUUUAAGAGCUACAUCCAACCUCUAUGCAAAGACAAUCUAACGAAAGCAUAUCACCAAGAUUUUACUUUUGUAAAUAUCAUUUUCAUUAAAAUCAGUUCACGUGAAA